CGGCGGUGCUCGCUCGCGCUCUCGCAGCUCUGAAGGAUGCAGCGGGGUGGAUGGAGGAGGAGGAGGAGGAGGUGAAAGACUGGAAGGCGGAGAACAGAAUGAACGGGUCGGGAAACCUGGAAGGAUGCGGAUUACGGCAUCCCGCCGUCCAGCUGUGCCUACCGACGAUGGUUUCGGCCGUUUGACAUGAGGGACGCGCGGAGAAAACGACACGGGCCUGCGGUUUGUUGAUACGCUGAGCACGGAGGGAGAGCCUGUCAUUUACCCGUCGCCUCAAAUUAUCAGUGACACUGGUUUAAUUGUGAGGGUGAUUUGAUUUCCAGCGGAGGCUAUUUGCUGCUGUCCUCCAUGUUACUUUGUCGUGGUCUAAAAUUGGGCUUGUGUCAAUUAACGUGAAGAAAGCGGGAGGAGAAAACAAAGUGACCCUGCCCCUCUUCAUGUUUGUGGUUCAACUGCCAUCAUGGUUUCAGCUGUCAUUUUAGCAUCACCGCCACCUGAUCUGGUCACCGCCGACUGGAUGUCAAGCUGAACGGAGUGCCGUCACGUCAAAACCAAACAUACCCCCCCCAAAAUAAAAAAAAUAAACUCCAGCGAGUUUCAACAUGGAUGCGUCGACGUUACAGCCUCGCUGGCUGACGAAUUUAUUCAUAUGGACGUCGUUAUGUCUGCUCAGCAGCGGUCAGUCCGCGCCGGACGCCUCGGGCCUGCCUUUAGCCAUCCGCGUGCCACUGCGGCAAGGCGCUCGCGCUGAACAGCCACCGCAGCUGACUCCCGCCGCCACCGUGAAGCGCGAGCGCGGCAGCGCUGGGAAGUACGCCGCGCGCAAGCGGAGAGGAGCGGCGGCGGCGGCGGGCGGUGUCAGCUUCGUGGACAUGAUUGAUAACCUACGUGGGAAGUCUGGUCAGGGUUACUACGUGGAGAUGGCCGUGGGUUCUCCUCCGCAAAAGUUGAACAUCCUGGUGGAUACAGGAAGCAGUAACUUUGCUGUCGGGGCAGCUUCUCAUCCCUUCCUGCGCAGAUACUACCAUCGUUCGCUCUCCAGCUCGUACCGCGACCAGAGCAGGAGCGUGUACGUUCCCUACACCCAGGGUCGCUGGGAGGGAGAGCUGGGGACCGACGUGGUCUCCAUCCCACACGGCCCUAACGCCACGCUGCGCGCCAACAUCGCCGCGAUCACCCAGUCAGAUCGCUUCUUCAUCAAUGGAUCUAACUGGGAGGGAAUCCUGGGACUAGCCUACGCCGAUAUAGCCCGGCCUGACGAGACACUGGAGCCUUUCUUUGACUCUCUGGUUCGCCAGACUCAGGUCCCCAACCUCUUCUCUCUCCAGUUGUGUGGAGCAGGCUUCACCCAAAAUUACUCCCUGGGCAGCGCUACCGUAGGCGGCAGCAUGAUUAUCGGAGGAGUGGACCCAUCGCUCUACGUGGGAGAGCUUUGGUACACUCCAAUCCGCAGGGAGUGGUACUACGAGGUGAUUAUCGUACGUAUUGAGGUGAACGGACAGGACCUCAACAUGGACUGUAAAGAGUACAACUACGAUAAGAGCAUCGUGGACAGUGGCACCACCAACCUUCGACUGCCUAGGAAAGUCUUCCAGGCUGCAGUCAAGGCUAUUGAAGCAGCCUCUUCGACAGAGCAGUUUCCCUCUGGGUUCUGGCUGGGGGAGCAGCUGGUAUGUUGGCAGGCUGGCACUACACCCUGGCACAUCUUCCCAGUCAUCUCUCUCUACCUGAUGAGCGAAAACCACAACCAGUCCUUCAGAAUCUCCAUCCUGCCGCAGCAAUACCUGCGCCCAGUAGAGGAAGUGGCCUCCGCCCAAGAGGACUGCUAUAAGUUUGCCGUGUCCCAGUCUAGCACUGGUACAGUGAUGGGGGCCGUCAUCAUGGAAGGUUUCUACGUGGUCUUCGACCGGGAAAAGAAACGCAUCGGCUUUGCUGUCAGCACCUGCCAUGUGCACGAUGAAUUCCGCACAGCCUCCGUGGAAGGCCCGUUCCACGGCGUCGACCUGGAGGACUGCGGCUACAACAUCCCACAGACGGACGAGUCCACUCUCAUGACCAUCGCCUACAUCAUGGCGGGAAUCUGCGCUCUCUUCAUGCUGCCGCUGUGUCUCAUGGUGUGCCAGUGGCGCUUUGCCCGCUGCCUCCACCCACACGGGGACUUUGCUGACGACAUAUCGCUCCUUAAGUGAUGGGUGGGGGGCGGGGCGGGAUCAGGGGUCAAAAGCUGUCGUAGAGGUCUAAACAGACAGAUAUGAAUUGUGGUAAAAGGGAUUGUUACAAAAUGUUGGCACUGUUGAAAGAGGAAGAUUCUUCAGGAAUAUAAUAUGUAACGUAUAGAGAAUGCUGACACACGGUGAAUACACAGCGCUGCUGUCAAAUUAGAGAGCACCUGAGGAGAACUAUAGCCAUUACUAAUCUGAAGGACAAAGAAGAGAAAGUUGCUGCCAUGAGCAUCAACUUUGCUUGUUUAAGACACCUAUGCAGAUCAGCAUGGCUAGAGGAACUGAAGUGGGAAAACCACAAAAACAAAAAAAACAAAAAAAAUCAGCUCUUUCUUAGAGAUAGCGUAGAAAUAGACCACAGAGAUGGAUUUGAUUUUGGAAUUUCGAAAGAUUUGUCUCUUAACAUUGCAGAUCUCCACACAAAGAAAAUCCUAAACACGGCUAAAUAAAGAAAUGACCUGGAUGUGAGUACGAGAUGGGAAUUUAUCACGUAGUCGGGCGCGGUUCGCCGUAGUCCGAUUUGAAGAUACGAGUGUUUACGUGUGUGUUUAUAGAAUCUACUGUCUGUGGCUUGUGAGUGAAUGAAACAAGGUUGUGCGAGCAUGCCUGUAUGUGUGCACAGCCGUACUGUACGUGAAGAGUAUAUGGAAACAUUUAACGGAGAUGAAAACGACACUACUGAGUAUGAAUAGCAUCUAUGAAAUGACACUAUUUUGCAAAUGCCAGCAAAUAAUUCUACGGUUCAAAUUCAGUCCGCAUAAAGAGGCGAAUUUGAUGAAAUAUCAGAUCCUAACAGCAUUUACUGGAUAAAUCAGUUUCGCUUUCGUGUGAAACUAAGACUACUGAACACAGACGAUAUCAGAUGUCACUUUUUCUUCUUCUAUUGAUAGCUUAAAUAUAUCUGUUGUACGCAAAAAAAUUGUGCAUUCCAGAUCUUCUAUUCGCGCAGCCACACACACUCAAUACAAAUUGCUUAUCCUACUGCUGCACCAUCUGAUGAUUUGCACAUGUAACAACACAUUACAUGUUAACAAACCCAAGACUUAAUAGGGCUUCUUUCACAGAAACACAAACAGCCUAACUCACCACAUCUUUCAAUGGGGACCAUAUAUGCUUGGACAAAGGAAACCAGCCCAAAGUAUGUUAUACACUGAAGAACACUAUGUAUGUCUACAAGGGACAGUUUGUAUUGUCUCUCAGCAAGCUGUAAAUAGGUAAACUCAGAACUGUAUAUUUAUCUGUCAGGCGCUGGCAGCACUGUUGAACUAAUAAAGUAUUGUAACUGUAA